GGGUGGGCAGGCAUCUCGCUCGGCGCCAGCGCGCAGGAAGGAGCAGGCGCAAUCUGGCUGUGUGGCGGGCAGGUCUGACGUCCCCAAAGAUCUGCGCGCUGAUGGUCGGAAUUGCUUGGCCAAGCUGCGAAACUUUUCUAACCACAGUAGAUUCCAAGUUCAGGAGAAGGUGAUAACAGCACUCCUUUCUCAGAAGAGCAAAUUGGCUUCCAACGAGGCGAGAUACUUGUCUCUCCUGAAGAUCCACAAUGCCUCCCACUCAAGCAGAAAGUGUUAUAAAGAAUAUCAUACGAGAAAUAGGACAAGAAUGUGCAGCCCAUGGAGAGAUCGCUUCGGAAACGGUGGUUGCUUUUAUGGUGAAAGCUGUCGUCCUAGAUCCCAGCAAUGGCUUUAACAUGGAUAGGACCCUCGUCAAGACUGACGUGCAGAAACUUGUUAAGCUUUGUGUGGCACGGCUACUGGACAAUAAAAAUCCAUCCCUGGACACCAUUAAGAUGCAAGUCUACUUCGAUAUGAAUUAUACAAGUCGAGAGGACUUUCUUGAAGAACAUCACCGGGUCUUAGAGUCCAGAUUAGUCAUUGUUAGCAGAGAAAUCACAGACAACAGAGCAUGUGCUAGAGAGGAGCUGGAAAAUCUCUACAGGAAGAUUGUCAGCUAUGUGCUACUGCGCUCUGGGCUUGGAUCCCCCACAGACAUCAAGAUUGUCAGAGAGGCAACAGCUGCUCUACAGAGUGUUUUCCCUCAGGCUGAGCUCGCCACCUUCCUCACUCUUAGUAGGAAGGACAAAGAACGCCAUUUGAAAGAGCUCACCAUGAUUGUUACCGGAAUUCGGCUAUUUAACAGAGACUGUGGGAAAGGAGGAGAAGGCAUUGAUGAUUUGCCAGCCAUUCUCCACGAAGCAAUCCCAGCCACCACACAGCAUAUCGACUCUCAGCUUCAGAUUGCCCAAGACCAGGCGUUUCGCUACACGGCCAUCCUUGAGAAAGUCACCAACAACCCUCUCAUGGCCAAAGAACUUCAGCCGUAUAUGUUAAAGGAAGCACUGUACAAUAUUCGACAGUAUGAGAUCUUCUUGCAGACUGUUCUGUCAGAUAUAAUUACCUGCGCUGAGGAGGUGGAGAUGAUGAUAAAACAGUUAGCAGCUCAACUGGAACAACUGAAAAUGACAGUAAAGUCUAAGACGGCGGUCCCAACGUCCCAAGUCUUCCCCAUCUUCAUUGCACUGGCGAGUCUGUGGAUGAGCUUCCAGGACGAGACGGUUCUGAUCAGCGUCCUCAGUAACUUGACCACCAACCUGGAGCUCUUCCUGGGCACCCAUGAGCUGCUCUUCCCCGAGAAAGUGAUGCUGGGCCUUCUCGAUGGCCUCGUUGUGAAAAGCGAUCUGACGAGAAUAGAGGAGCACAUGGAAGAAAGAGUGCAGUUGGCAGAUUUCAGAGUACAGGAAUGGCUUUUUCCAGAAACAACAGCAAACUUUAACAAACUGUUAAUUCAGUACCGUGGAUUUUGUGGCUAUACGUUUGCAGCAACUGAUGGCCUCCUCCUCCCAGGGAAUCCAGCAAUUGGGAUUUUGAAAUACAAAGAAAAAUAUUACACUUUCAAUACCAUAGAUGCUGCAUACACAUUCGCAGAAAAUCCAGACCAUUACAUUAAUUUGAUUAAAGAGAAAGCCAAGAAGAAUGCAGAGUUAAUUCAGCUACUAGAACUUCAUCAACAGUUUGAAACUCUCAUACCAUAUUCUCAGAUAAAAGAUGUUGACAAGCACUAUAUAAAGCCAAUUACAAAGAGUGACAACAGCACACAGACAGACACACACAUAUUGCCACCUACGACCAUGAGAACAUAUGAGUGGAAUGAAUGGGAACUAAGAAGAAAAGCCAUAAAACUGGCUAAUUUGCGCCAGAAAAUGACUCACUCCGUCCAGACUGACCUCAGUCACAUGAGGAGAGAUAACAGCUCACAGGUGUAUCCUUUGAAAGAGGCUAGCACCCAGUCCAAGAGAGAAGGCAGCACCCGAGUGCCUAGGCCCCAGAUUUUCAUAGCUGGUCUUCGUGGGGGACAGAGCAAAACAACCUAUGGGGUGAAGGUAAACUUAACCAGAGCAGUGGACGAAACCUAGAGAUGGACUUUCGCAAGAAGCUGCCCCUCGAUAGGACGGGUGAGAGAGUUUAAAGUACUGUACGUGUAUAAAGCUAAUUUGCAGGGUUGGCACAGUUGUUGGCUGUGUGUAAAGUACUGUAUGUGGACAAAGUUAAUUUGUGGGGUUGACACAGUCACUGGCUGUGUGAAUGUGUACUAGGGCCCCAAAUCCUGCCUGUUAUGUAAAUCUAAAAGCAGUUUCUGUAGCACAUUUUUUGUUUUAUUAAAAUGGACAAGUAAG